AUGUUGCACCAAAAUACCGGGCGCUUACUCGAACCCGUAGCAAAACCGAAAUUCUCUGAACAAUCACCAAUAUCGUCAUCGAAUCACGCUCAGUUUACUCGAAAUAGUAAUGUUCCUCCUCUGCCCGCAUCGCACCAAGCACCAUCGUCCAGCCUCACCUCGUCUUCGCCCCCACCCACAAGCCACGUUUCGACUUCCUUGCUCGGAAAUACAAAAUCAGUUCCAGCCACAGUAUUAUUACAAACUGCUGUUGUGAAGGUGUCCGAUAUCAACGGACAUACCGUAUGGGCUAGAGCUUUGCUAGACCCAGCAUCACAAAUCAAUCUCAUAACGGAGGAAUUGUCGCAGCAGCUCACGUUACGCCGCAUAAAAACUCACCAAGAAAUCGGUGGUGUUGGAAAUUCUACUGUCGUUUCAUCGCAUAUCGUUAUCGCUAAAAUAAAGUCUCACUGUUCAACUUUCAUUGCUGAUUUUUCAUUCCACGUGCUGUCAGGAAUAACUCGCGAGCUUCCUGCCAGGGCUCUUGCCACCGCCGAAUGGACCAUUCCCAAUGAAAUCGUGCUUGCUGAUCCCACCUUUUACCAACCCGGUCGGAUCGAUAUGAUAUUGGGCAUGGAAGUAUACUACGAACUCAUACAAGAAGGGCUAGUUAGACUUGGUCCCCAUUUGCCAGUACUGCAAAAAACCACACUAGGAUGGGUGGUCUCCGGUAAGGUUGGAAAUUCGUCAGCGCCUACUCUUCGUAUCGCUAAUAUUUGCACAGCAACCGCUAUUGAUGAACAAUUGGCGCGUUUCUGGGAAAUAGAAUCUUGUUAUGCUAAAAGCACUCUUUCGGUCGAAGAAACACUUUGCGAGGCUCACUUUGCGGCAACUACCGUUCGGAAUGAAAUGGGCCGCUUUGUAGUACAACUUCCUAAACGGAACUCCGUGUUGGCCACAUUGGGAAAUUCUGAAGAAAUCGCAAUUCGUCGAUUCUUGGCACUAGAACGUCGCUUGAAUGCAAAUCCACCCCUGAAGGAAGCAUACAGCAACUUUAUUGACGAGUAUUAUCGCCUUGGCCACAUGGUCGAACCGUCAGCACCAUUUGACCUACCAUCGUACUUUUUGCCCCACCACUGCGUAAUCAAACCAGACAGCCUUACUACCAAGCUUAGGGUAGUGUUCGAUGCUUCGUGCGCAACAGACACUGGCGUGUCGUUGAACGACGCACUUAUGAUUGGACCCGUUGUGCAGGACGAUCUCCUAUCGAUAGUUCUUCGUUUUAGAAUGCAUCGCUAUGCGAUAAUAGCUGACGUCGAAAAAAUGUACCGGCAAGUGGCCGUACAUUCUCCUGAUCGUGCUCUGCAACAAAUUCUCUGGAGAAAUUCCCCACAAGAACCGCUACGUACCUACCAACUGACAACAGUAACAUAUGGCACAUCGUGUGCACCGUAUCUCGCUACUAAAUGCCUACAAGAGUUAUCGAAAUCUGUGCAAAAUACCCAACCUAAAAUAGCCAGGAUAGUUGGGUCUGAUUUUUAUAUGGACGAUCUUUUAACUGGAGUUGAUGAUAUAUGCGAUGGUCAGCAACUUUGUUCACAGCUGCUAAAUGUACUCAACUCAGCUGGUUUUCCCUUGAGAAAAUGGUCAUCUAAUUGUCCAAUGGUUCUUGAACAUCUCCCGCCUGACAUACUUGACGAAAGACAACUGUUCGAGCUCGACUCUAGUUCUGCUGCUAUUAAAACGCUCGGUUUACAGUGGCAGACCAAUACCGACCAAUUUAUUUUCGGCAUUCCUAAAUGGAACGAGUCAACCGUAAUUACCAAACGUACGAUACUAUCCGAUGCUGCCAAACUUUUCGACCCUCUUGGUCUUGUCGGUCCCGUGAUUGUUCGAGCCAAAAUUUGUAUGCAGGAUCUUUGGAGAGACCAGAAAACAUGGGAUGAGCCACUUAGUGAAGAAUUCCAGGAGAGAUGGCGCGAGUUCAAAAAUAGUUUGACCACUCUUCAAGACCUGAUCAUUCCUCGUUGGGCAAUCCAAGUAGAUUCACCUAGUUCGAUCGAAAUACACGGCUUCUGCGACUCAUCAGAAAAGGCUUACGGCGCGUGCAUUUACCUACGAGCAAUAGCUGCAAACGGAACCAUCGCAGUCAAUCUCCUCACUGCGAAAUCGAAGGUCGCUCCGCUGGGUGACACAAAGAAGCAAAAACGUAUUUGCUUACCUCGUCUAGAACUAUCUUCUGCUUUACUGCUUGCUCAUCUGUUCCAAAAGGUUCAACACGCUAUUCGGUUGAACACGAAACCGUUCUUUUGGACAGAUUCAACCAUCGUCCUACACUGGCUAGCCGCAACACCGUCUCGAUGGAAGACCUUUGUUGCCAAUAGAGUGUCCGAGAUACAGCAUAUCACAGCUUCUGGAAUCUGGUCUCACGUCUCAGGUUCAGAAAAUCCAGCAGAUAUAAUAUCGCGUGGAAUGGAUCCCGAACAGCUUCAGCAUACAUCGACCUGGUGGCACGGACCAGAUUGGCUUAGUAAGCAGCCAAGAUUUUGGCCAUCUUUGUCACCACUGCACAUCGAAUUAUUUGAUCAACAAGAUCUCGAAGAACGUCCAAUCACAUUAGUCGCACAGCCAAUAACAGUAAAUUCAAUUUUUUCCCUACGAUCUUCGUACAUGGCUCUGGUCCGAAUAGUAGCUUGGAUGCAGAGAUUUUGCUAUAAUAGUCAACCCAAAAAUUUGGCACUCAGAAGAAAUGGAUGUUUACGGGUUCCGGAAAUCAAAGAAGCAGAAAAAACUUUAGUACGAAUCGCUCAAAGCGAAAUAUUUUCGGAAGAUCUUUCGUCGAUAGCCAAAACUGGCCAAGUCAAACCAAAUUCCCAGCUAAAACUACUGACGCCCUUGGUUUGUCAAGGCAUUCUUCGCGUUCGUGGCAGACUUCAACAUGCUGCAGUCUCUUACGAUCGAAAGCACCCUAUGAUACUACCUGCAAAACACCCGCUCACCGACCUCAUAGCUCGCUAUUAUCAUGAAAAGUUGCUUCACGCGGGGCCACAGUUCCUAAUCGCCGGCCUACGAGAGAAGUUUUGGCCGCUACGCAUCCGAAACCUCGUUAGACGCACCGUUCACUCUUGUAUUAGCUGUUUCAGAUGUCGACCGCGUGUGCAAGACCAAAUAAUGGGCGACUUACCACCUGAGCGAGUGUCUCCCACACUACCCUUUGUUCACACUGGAGUGGACCUAUGCGGACCACUGUAUUAUCGACACCCUCAGCGCCGCUCUCAGCAUACAAAAACAUACAUAGCGAUUUUCGUUUGCCUCUCAGUAAAAGCAAUUCACAUCGAGCUGGUCGGAGAUCUAUCUACUGGUUCGUUUAUAGCUGCUUUAAGACGAUUUCUAGCCCGUCGUGGAAAACCACGUCUUAUCGAAUGCGACAAUGCAACAAAUUUUAAGGGUGCAUCUCGAGAAUUAGCCGAACUGAAAAGACAAUUCAACUCACAACAAAUGCAGCAGUCCAUAACAAGUUCCUGCACCGAAGAAGGCAUCGAAUUCAAGUUCAUUCCACCCCGUUCACCGAAUUUUGGUGGAUUAUGGGAGGCGGCCGUAAGGUCUCUCAAGGCGCACCUGCGAGCAACUAUCGGCAACGCAGUCUUAACUGCUGAACAACUGACCACACUUUUGGCUCAAAUAGAGAGCUGUCUCAAUUCCCGUCCUUUAACGCAAAUGACAGCCGAGCCUGAAGACCUCGAAGUCCUGACUCCUGGGCAUUUCCUUAUCCAUCGCUCUCUGACGGCCCCAGCAGAGCCAUCACUAGAAAACGUACCAAUUAAUCGACUUGAUCGCUGGCAGGUAGUUCAAGAAUACGUUCGCCGACUCUGGAGGCGCUGGAGUACAGAAUAUUUGUCCGGCCUGCAACCACGGACGAAAUGGACCCGUGAAAAAGACAAUAUUGCCAUCGGAACCAUGGUUUUGGUCAAGGAGGAGAAUCUGCCACCUCUCAAGUGGCGUUUUGGCAGAAUCGUGCAUAUCUUCAGAGCAGAUGACGGCAAUAUACGUGUCGUGGUAGUGAGGACCAAGGACGGAGAAUUCAGGCGCGCAAUUUCCAAAAUCUGCGUGCUACCCAUUCGUCAACCAUCUCCACCCAACGGGAGCCACGAUAAUGAUGACAAUUAA